UGCAACCCACCAACACUAAACUCGAUGACAGAUUCAAAUACCGCUUCUGGGACACCCACUGGGACACCCACCGACGUACCACGUCCUCCCAACGAUCCCUCACCUCCCGUUCGCACAAAAACCUACUUUAACCACCUCCUAACAGUCGCCAACAAGCUCGCCCCUUACCCCGUCCAUAAAUGCCAUUUACACAACGUCCAACACUUUUUCGCAUCCCCCCAUCCAGACCCAGAGUCUACCCCAAAACAUGUUCGAGAGAACCCUUUUGACCGUAUCGUAUAUUGCAUAAACCCCAGUGCAAAAAAAGCUCAAGAACGUGCCCGACUUCGGACUGUAUUGGGCGCUUCCCUUUUAACACAAAAGUAUAAUGACAAGCCCGCCAAUAUUCGUAUGCUGUUUUCAAAAACACCGCAAGGUGCAGCAGCACGAGCGACGACUCGGGCGAUACAUCGGAAAAUGUACGGAAAAGGCUUCUUUGGAUUCUUAAAGAAAAAGGAAAAGACAUGGAUUGAAUCUGGCGAUCAGUUUGUGAGCCUUAUCGAGAAAUUUGGAGGUGGGAUAAUGGAUCGAGAGCCCAACACCACUGACAAGGAGAAAAACAAAAACUAUGCGCCGCGGUCAGGUCCGGAAUAUACGUACACCCUCCUUCAAGAUGGAACACUGCACUUUUCGCGAGCAGAGUCCCCCCUUUUGGAUGUCGCAUCAAAGCACUGCAUUCAUUCGUCUGUAGCAGAGGAGGUGGUGUAUUCUGGAACGUUUAGAUUAGAAGAUCAUGAUGGGGAGAAGGUGCUGGUGAUGGAUAAUGAUUCCGGAACCUACGCACCGAGAACAGACCGAGGCGAGCUACAGCGAUUAGAAGGACUUUUGCAAUGGAAUUUUAAAGGAUUAAAAGUUGAAGCCAGAAAGUUUGUACCGCCAGGAUUAGAAUAGACAAACAUGAAAUAUGAUAUAAUGCUACAAACUACUCUCUUUACACAGCAAGA